CUGGCUCCCCUGUAACCGGGGCCGCUGCCGUGCUGGGCACGGAAUGAUGGCGUCCGCCUCCUUGCCCACGAGAUCGCCCUUCUCCUUGUGUGAAUAGCAUUCCUCCUUCGUACGUGGAUAUGCUAGUCUUGUGUACGUGUUCCUCAGUUUAAAAGGACGUUCCUUUCUGCCUUGGAGGGCUUCCAGUUCAGCUCCACAUCUUCUUGAGCAAACGACUUUUUGGUAGCCUCCCAGAAAAACUAGUCGCAGGAAAGGCUUUCUAUUUCUGUUUUGCUUUUCCAGCGUCUCUAUAUGUGUUUUAAACGUACCUGAUUAGGAACACAAGACUUAUUUUUGAAUACUGUUAGUCUGAAAAUACUGUUCCACAGUAAAGAAACAGACCUGUUCUCCCUGAAGAAAACUGGAGUAAAACCAAAACCUAAAGAAAGUGCUCCUUCCUAUCACCCUUCUAUCUUAACACAAACAUAACUAAAGCUUUUUAUCUUGUUUGGAGUGGUAUUUUAUUGUCUGUACGGUUUUAGCUGCAUGCAGCAAGUCCAGCUGCAUAUCUAAGCUCUUCAGCUAAACUCUUUCACAAAGAAUAGCUUCAUAAAGUAUGUGGUAUUUCUACAUGCUGGCACAAGGGAAAUUUUUUUUUUUUUAAAAAAAGUGUUUCUUUUUUUUUAAUCAUGUUACCUGAAUAUUGGUUUUCUUUUUGUGAAGAUGGUAAGCCUAUGCUGCGUCAGGGCGACACAGGAGACUGGAUUGGCACAUUUCUGGGUCAUAAAGGUGCUGUUUGGGGUGCCACUUUGAACACAGAUGCCACUAAAGCAGCUACAGCAGCAGCAGAUUUUACAGCCAAAGUGUGGGAUGCUGUGUCAGGCGAUGAACUAAUCACGUUGGCUCACAAGCACAUUGUCAAAAGUGUGGAUUUUACACAGGAUAGCAAUUAUCUGUUAACAGGUGGACAAGAUAAACUGUUGCGUAUCUACGACUUGAGCAAGCCAGAAGCAGAACCUGACGUUGUCAGUGGACAUACUUCUGGUAUUAAAAAGGCUUUAUGGAGCAGUGAUGACAAACAGAUUCUUUCAGCUGAUGAUAAAACUGUCCGCCUCUGGGAUCGGAGUACCAUGACCGAAGUGAAAGCACUAAAUGUUGCAAUGUCAGUGAGCAGCAUGGAGUAUGUUCCAGAAGGACAGAUACUUGUGAUAACCUAUGGGAAGACUAUUGCUUUUCAUAGUGCAGAAACUCUAGAGCAGAUUAAAUCAUUUGAAGCACCUGCUACAAUCAAUUCUGCAUCACUUCACCCUGCGAAAGAAUGUUUGGUUGCAGGUGGUGAAGAUUUUAAACUCUAUAAAUAUGACUAUAAUACAGGAGAAGAAUUAGAAUCUUACAAAGGACACUUUGGUCCAAUUCACUGUGUGAGAUUUAGCCCUGAUGGAGAGUUGUAUGCAAGUGGCUCUGAGGACGGUACACUAAGGCUGUGGCAGACAACAGUAGGGAAAACCUAUGGUCUUUGGAAGUGUGUAGUUCCUGAAGAGGAGAAUGCAGAAGCAGCAAAAGCAAGGACCACCCUUCCAGGAACUGCAGAGGAGGAAAUAGAAGAUCUUGCCUCUGAAAACUCAGAUACGGUGUACAGCUCAACUCCUGAAGUUAAAGCCUGAACAUGGCAACUGUUACGCAGCAUAUGGACAUAAGAGACUAAAAUAAGUGAACAGUGAUAAACAGCAGCCUUCCAGAGUGUGCUCUCUACAUAAGGCAAAGAUGGGCAGUAAUUGAUGAGAAUGCGGUGGAACUGGCUAGGUGUUGUCUGUAAGAGAACUGAGUACCUAAAAAAAAAAAAAAAAAAAUAAAGAAAA